AUGAGUCAUAAUGGCAGCCAUAAGGCUGCACCGUCCGUAGCACCUUCUGUCACAUCACGACGGCUAAGACCAACAUCUCAUUCUCAUCAUCCUCAACACCACCAUCUUCGUCAUGACGAUCAGGCGGGACAAUAUCACGCACACCCUCAUCAUCGUCACCAUCAUCAUCAUCAGCAGCAGCAGCAAAACGGAUCAAGUCAUACGGUGCACACCGCCAACACCCAUUCUCACGGCUCACGAGGCGUACAACGACCACGUCGCUACUCAAAUGUUGACUCGCUCGAAGAGACCGCCGCAAAACGACUCUCCUCCACGGAGACGUUUUACCCUCAUCCGGACGCCGCCACAGCGGCAUUUGAAGCGGAACGAGAGCAACGACGUCGACAACCUCGAUCAUCAACACCAUUUGCGAGAGAAAGCGAUUCGACUAUCACGAGGAAGCACAGUCGCUCCUCCAAUAGGUCUCAUCGAUCCACGCACUCCCACGGGUCUCGUCGAUCACGCGGAACUGCGCACGAUAACGGAUCAGAGGAUGAGUCUGACCUUGGGAGCGAUACUGCCACUGUUGGUCCGUACGCUCAGCCUCGGUUCGGCCCUCACGGUGAGCCAAUCGAGGUCAUCGGUCUGGGUCGGAAGGAGCCCAGACACCGAACCCUGUCAUCCAACAAUCUCAAACCGGCCCUGAGGAACAGCUCGUCCAUCGGACGACUGGCUGGUCCAACAUUUGCCAGUGGAAGUGGAGGUGGCAGUGGUGGUAGUGGUAGUGGCACCAGACUCGAACGAAGCGCCACGUACAACCAACAUAAACCUCUUCCUCAAGCUCCGUCCACGUACAUAGCCCCUGUUGUAGAUAAUUUCGUCUCUCCUGAACCUCGGAAUGUCCGUCAGGCUCGUCACAUGUCUCAACCUCCUCUAAGCGUCUCCGCUGUCAAUAGCCUUCGCUCACUAUUCUCCUCAUUCACUCUAGAUUCUCCGUCGACUCAUUCUUCGGUCCCUUCCUCACAUGGCCAAUUCCGACCUCCGAUUCGAUCCGUCCUGUCCAGGUCAUUCUCUCGACGUCGACAUGACCCUCUUUUACCCGUUGAAGACUUGUUCACGUAUCUCGCCAUGGUGGAUAUUCCGCCGUGGAUCGACUGGCCGGGGGAUACUCGGCCACCUAGCUCCUCUCUGGGGCUAUUGAACGGGGAUCUGUUUGGUGGGAAAGGUAAAGGUCUAGAGAGUAUGUCUUGGGAGUGGAGGAGAAGAUGGGAAGAAGCGGAGAACAAUCGGACAAGUGGCAGAGCGCUGGUCGCUUGGGAAGGCCCUAGCAAACGGUUCGAGAGGCAUAUCAUGGAGUGGCUGGAAGAUAACGUUCCGUCCAGCCCGAUUGACGAGACGAAUCGAUGGGGAUCACAGAUAUUUGCACUCGUGGCGGAAGGUUACGACACCCUCGAGUUUCACGACGAUGCAGUGCACAAUGCUGAAGAUUUUGGUCUCUUGAGCUGGCUCACAGGAUCAGUACUUCAAACGGCCACUUCGGCGCUCCACAUGCUCCGGUUCUCUUCCCAACACUUUUCCUUCCACCUCAUACCCACUCCUCGACCACCCUACGCUCGGAACGGAACGCCUCAUGCACUCUGGGAAGGAUACGGUACUCUGGCGCUUGUCAACAAGGCGAAUGAGCUCGAUCGAGCGAUGGUGUUGGAAGUGAGACCGCCCAGCGUGGUCGAUUAUGGCGUCAUGAAAGAAUUUUCGAGAGACGGAAGAGCUGGAGGUCAAGCAGGGUGGUAUCACGUCGCACCUCAGUAUUGUGUGGGUGAUGCUGGACAGGCAAACUUGCUUCAGGCCCAGGUGUAUGAUAGCUGUGUUCAGAAUCAAGUGUACUUCUUUGUCGUUACCAAUUUGAAGCACUGGGUGUUUGGCCAUUUCAACGCCAACUACUCUAAAUGCACCGUCAGUCCUAUCAUCGAGCGCAAACACCGCGUACCGUCCGUCAUGCAGUGUCUGGUUGCCUGGAUAGUACGAUCAGCAGACGAGCGGCCCCGGGCAGGCGAGCAACAGCCUAUCGACACGCCGUAUCACCUUGCUCAUGACGUGCCCCCGUAUUCCCUUCCGCCAAGACGACACGGUCAUCGGAGGCACGUUUCGCAGACCUUGGAAAGUCCAGUUCAUCGACCGGAACCCCAGCAGUACCCAUCGUACAGCUCUCUCCGCUCGCAGACGGGUACGUCCGGACCUUAUCCGUACCCUCAGCCUCAAUCCCAGUCAUCGGACUUUGGCCCUAAUGCCCAUUCGCACAUGCCGUCCAUGGGAUACAUGAGCCAGUCCAUGCCGAUGAACGGAUACAUGCCACCUGGAUAUUACGACGCGUCAAACUUUUCGCCUUCGCCUGCUUCUUCUCAGAUGUACGGUCAAUGGGAUCUGCACAGUGGUUCAGGUCAAGGAUCCUUUUCUCCAAUGCCAGCAAGCCCAUUACCGGGGUAUAAUGGAGUAGGGUGGUAUUCGGGAGGCAUGAACUGGCCCGGGAUGCGGUAG